CCUGGUCUCUUCCUCAGACAAGGUUGAGAUUGUGAACAAGCAUAAUGCCCUGAGGAGAGGUGUUCAGCCUACUGCCAGCGACAUGUUGGAAAUGAAAUGGAACAACGAGGCUGCAGCCAAUGCUCAGAAAUGGGCCAACACCUGCUCCAUGAAGCACAGCCCUGCCAGCUCCAGAGAGAUCAGCACUAGUGGCUGUGGGGAGAACCUGUACAUGUCCAGCUUCAAGAACACCUGGAGCAACGCCAUCCAGUCCUGGUAUGACGAGGUGAAGGACUGGCGCUACGGAGUGGGAGCCAUCAACGGAGGAAUGAUCGGACACUUCACACAGAUUGUUUGGUACAGGUCCAACUAUCUUGGCUGCGCUAUGGCCCACUGUCCCAACUCUGCAUACAAGUACUUCUACGUCUGCCAAUACUGUCCACCUGGAAACUACCAGUACGCUCGCCCCUACCAGCAGGGACCCACCUGCGGUGACUGCCCCAAUGCCUGCAACAACAAACUGUGCACCAACCCAUGUCCCUACGCUGAUAAGUACAGUAACUGUCCUGAUCUGAAGAAGCAGUGGGGCUGCAGCAAUGGUGACGUGGCCUCCUGGUGUCCCGCCUCCUGCAAGUGCACCAACCAGAUCAUUUAAAUGUCCACACAGGCUCUGACUCAUCAGUCAGUUUCAAUAAACGCACUCAUCAUUAAA